AUAAAACAGCAUCCUCCCACACACACCUCAGAAGAAAGCUCAGAGCAGAUCACGCACAGUCACGCACGGACACGCACACAGAGAGCGCGGGAUGAGUGCGAUCUGACAAACAGCGGCUCGUUACAACAGUCUCAAACUGAGAAUCAGCAUCAUGACCAGGUCUGUGCGGGAGGAGCAGGCGUCAGUGGAGUCGGAGGAGCAGCAGGAGCUCCACAGCCCCUCAGAUGGAGGCAGAGGAGAGGAAGAGGAGGAGGACAGCCUCCACCACCUGGAGGACGAAGAGGAGGAGGACGAGGAAGAGGAGGAGGAGGACGGCGAGAACAAACCCAAGAGGCGAGGGCCGAAGAAGAAGAAGAUGACGAAGGCUCGUAUGCAGAGGUUUAAGGUCCGUCGCAUGAAAGCUAACGCCCGGGAGAGGAACCGCAUGCACGGGCUGAACGACGCUCUAGAGAGUCUGAGGAAAGUCGUCCCUUGUUACUCCAAAACCCAGAAACUGUCCAAGAUCGAGACGCUGCGCCUCGCCAAGAACUACAUCUGGGCCCUGAGUGAGGUCCUGCGAUCCGGCAAGGCACCCGACCUCAUGAGCUUCGUCCAGGCGCUCUGCAAAGGUCUGUCUCAGCCAACCACUAACCUGGUGGCGGGCUGUCUGCAGCUGAAUCCUCGGACCUUCCUGCCAGAGCAGACGCCCGACCUGCCAGUUCACCUUCCCCCUGCUGGCGCUGCCACCUACCCUGGACACUACUCCUACCAGAGCCCUGGGCUGACGGCCGGCCUGCCCAGCCCGCCCUACGGCACUAUGGAGCCCUCCCACAUCUUCCACCAGGUCAAAGGUCAACCCUACGGCCCACUGGAGCCCUUCUUUGAUGGCGUCCUGGUGUCAGACGGCCCGGCGUUUGAUCCGCCCCUCAGUCCACCACUCAGCAUCAAUGGGAACUUCUCGUCCUACAAGCACGAGAGCGUCGCAGCUGCUGAGUAUGACAAGAGUUUCUCCUUCAGCGUGCACUAUGGAGGAGGAGGAGGAGCUGGGGGACAUCCUGCCAUCUAUGGUGGUGGGGGGUCCACCCCACGGUGCGGUGAGCUGCAGGUGGAUGGGCUGAUGGGCUUUGACGGACACUCACACCACGAGCGGAUGAUGAACGCCCAACUGAACGCCAUCUUCCACGACUCCUGAGGAAGAGGAGGACGAAGGACUGAGAGACUGUUGAAGACAGAGAGACGAACAGAGAGACAGUUAUGUGGAGGGACAGACAGUCCUGUGUACGUCUGUCAUUUUAUAGCUGUCUUUCCUUCUUUCUCUUCUUCUGUCCGUCUGCGUCAGGUUCUACGACUCCUCCUCACCAUGAGGGCAGUGAUGUCGACGACGAUGUCAUGUUAAUGAUGUAACCUUCUUUGUAGCGCUUCGUCCUGCAGGAGACGCUCUCUGAAUGUCUCGUUAUUAUUCAUAUUAUUACUUAAGAAUAAUCAAUAAUCAAUAAGCAAUAAUCUGGAGGAAACUAUGCAAUUUUGUUAAAAUCUGAGCAGCGACGCUUGGCUGUUAAUUCCAAAUGUUGAAAGAAUAAAGAUUUCUCUAUUUUUGGGUCAGUGUGUGAGGUGGCGUUGAGCCGGAAUCAGGCCGGUGUUGAGCCUACGUUGGGCCGAAGUGUUCAUGUUGUUCAUGUGGUUUUUACUUUUUGCUUUUUAUAACGUUCCUGUAGCGUUCUUUUAACAUUUCAUGUGACUCUUGUUCAUAUUUUAUAAGAUAGAUGUUUAUAAAGGCCUUUUAUUAAAAGGAAUUCAAUGUGA